GCAGCAUCAGAACAAACGUGACUUGAGUAACUCAUCUAAUCUCAAGCAACAAAACACCACUUCCUCAUUACCAUAUUCACUUUUAUUACUCAACAUAAUCCUGACUCUUUGGGCAAACUCGGUAUUUGCUUUUUAGCAGAUCGCCCCAUCUCAUUGCUACAGAGAAGAAUAAACACAAUUGAAAAUGUUCGAGGCCGAGCCGGCGCCGGGCGACUGCCCAACUGCCAUGAAAUUUGCGCCUGGCUCUCGCAAACUAUUGGUAUCAUCGAUGGACGGCAAUGUUUACCUGUAUGAGCUGCAGGGCGAAGGGGAGGAUGCGAGCGCGCCUCUCAUACAGCAAAUAUCAGUUGGCUGUCCGGUCUUGGACGUCACGUUUGGAAGCGACGACAAGGAAGGAUUCUGCACGGGGGCGGAUUCUGCAAUCAAGAGGAUUGAUCUUGAGUCGGGGGAUGUUACAGUUGUUGGAAAGCAUGAGAAGCCAGCGAGGUGUAUAAUAUACAGCCCCGAGUAUUCAAUACUGGCGUCCGGCUCCUGGGACUGCACGCUACAAAUAUGGAAUGCAAAGGACCUUUCCAAAGACCCCAUCAUCGUACCACUGCCAGUCAAGGUCCACGCCAUGGCUGCAAGCAAAACAAAGCUUGUCGUCGGCAUGCACAACCGCAUGGUGCAAAUUUUCGACCUCCCUGACAUAGCCAAGCUUCUCGAGUCCGGAGCAAGCGGCAGCGAGAGCGGUUUGAAGCCGUGGCAACAGCGUGAAUCGUCCCUCAAGUUCAUGACGAGGGCGAUCGCUUGUAUGCCCAAUGACGCCGGCUACGCGACCAGCAGUACAGAGGGACGUGUUGCCGUCGAGUUCUUUGAGAAUUCGAAGGAGGUUCAGGACCGCAAGUAUGCCUUCAAGUGCCACCGCGGACCGGACCCCAAAGACCCAGACACGGAGCUCAUCUACCCGGUAGACUCCCUGGCUUUCCAUCCAGAGUACCUGACGUUUGUCUCGGGUGGCGGCGAUGGCCAGGUGGCGCUGUGGGAUUCGGAGGCCAAGAGGCGUAUGAAGAUCUACCCGAUGAACGGAGGUUUGGCAGCGCGUACGCUAGCAUUCUCGGCCGAUGGAAGGUUUUUAGCCAUCGGCACAUGCCCAGGCUUUGAGGACACCAUGGAGAACUAUAGUGGCAAGGGAGAAUCGCACGUCUGGAUCCGCGAACUUAGUGAGAAGGAGGUUAAGCCCAAGCCGAAGAAGUCAAAAUGAGCCUUUACGGGUGGCUCCAUCGGGAGGUUGGGAAUUCGAAAAGCUUGCAAUCUGAUUGACGUACAUAUAGCGGAGAAAGGCUACUUGUUGGGAAGCUGUGAAUAAUACCCCUGAGUCGAACUGGUCUCCUGGUGUGUUGGUUUGGUGAAACCACGGCAGAUAUCGAACAGGACUGGACGAUGGUUUCCUACCGGGAAUCCAAAAUUGGAGGUGUCCGCUCAUCGCAAGCUUGAUCAAACUGCCUCCGUUGAGUCGGUGGUCAGAUCAGCAGGCGCUACUCUCCAGUGCAGCUCAGGCAGACAUGUCCCAUUGCUGCAGUAGCUCCGAUUGGUUUUGCAAGAGCACGUUCCAUGGUGACGAACGACGGGCUAUCUAUCCCAUGCACAAUAUUCAUGGCAUUACGACGAUCGCCACUACGGACCGAUUCCACGUUGCAGCAUAGACUGUGCACCACAGUGGAAACUCGUAUACCCCAAACUAAUUAACGAUUCCCUAUGAAUUUGCAUAGGAAGUCCCUGGGGAAGAUGCCCAGUCGAGUAUCAAUAGAUCUGAUCUGUAUGGAAUGUGG